UAAGUAAACCAACUACUGAACCAGAAAGCAGAACGAACCCCUGCCUAUCCAAUCAAAUUGUACGUUCUUGUGGCAAUACGCAUGCAAAAGACGGGACCCUCCCCUCACCCCAACAGCACCAGCACGGAGAAGUCACUCCAUCGCAAGCUUUGCUGUAUCGGUCUGUUCUUCUUUCGGGCUGUUGGUGGGUGAAGGAAAAAUAAGCUAGCUAGCAAACGUUUUAGAUUCUUUUAAACCGUGUGAGGGUGUUGUUUGGUUAGCUGUCUAGGUAGAUUGGAUCCCAGGCACGUUCAAAAAUGCCUAACAUUAAAAUAUUUAGCGGCAGCUCUCAUCCGGACCUUGGUCAGAAAAUUGCCGACCGCCUUGGACUUGAGCUAGGGAAGGUUGUGACGAAAAAAUUCAGCAACCAGGAGACAUGUGUGGAGAUCGGUGAGAGUGUCAGAGGAGAGGAUGUCUACAUUGUCCAGAGUGGUUGUGGUGAGAUUAACGAUAACUUAAUGGAGCUCCUCAUCAUGAUCAAUGCCUGUAAGAUUGCCUCUGCCUCACGAGUCACGGCUGUCAUCCCUUGUUUCCCAUAUGCAAGACAAGACAAGAAGGACAAGGUGGGGAGUCGGGCACCUAUCUCUGCCAAACUGGUGGCUAAUAUGUUGUCUGUGUCAGGAGCUGACCACAUAAUCACCAUGGACCUGCACGCCUCUCAGAUACAGGGUUUCUUUGAUAUCCCGGUGGAUAAUCUAUACGCUGAGCCAGCUGUGCUGAAAUGGAUCAAAGAGAACAUCAACGAGUGGAAGAAUUGUACCAUCGUGUCUCCUGAUGCUGGUGGGGCCAAAAGGGUCACAUCUAUUGCAGACAGACUGAAUGUGGACUUUGCUCUCAUUCACAAAGAGAGAAAAAAGGCAAAUGAGGUGGACCGCAUGGUCCUAGUGGGGGAUGUGAAGGACCGAGUGGCCAUCUUGGUUGAUGAUAUGGCUGACACCUGUGGCACAAUUUGCCAUGCUGCAGAUAAGCUGAUCUCUGCUGGGGCAACCAAGGUAUAUGCUAUCCUGACACAUGGCAUCUUUUCUGGCCCUGCUAUCACCCGCAUUAACAACGCCUGUUUUGAGGCUGUGGUUGUCACAAAUACCAUCCCUCAAGAGGACAAGAUGAAACACUGUUCAAAAAUACAGGUUAUUGAUAUCUCCAUGAUCCUGGCAGAGGCUAUUCGUCGGACACACAAUGGCGAGUCUGUGUCCUAUCUGUUCAGCCAUGUUCCCUUGUAGCAUCCCAUCCUGCUUUCACAAAGGAUGGAUGUCUGGAGCGCUCUGCCCAUCCAUUUAUAUACCCUGGCAAGGGAAAUAAUAGAAAUAGUCCUGAGGUGGAGUAAAAAUAUGUUUUCACAAGCUCCUUGCCAAUAUUCUGUUACAGUGCACUGGCACUCACCUGGUUUGACCAUCUGACUUACCAGAAGCAGAUUUGAGUUACUUGGUGUUUUAUAUGCCAGGUUAUUGUUUCAUGUACAGUGAUAAGGCAUAAUUGGGAAACCUUCAGCAUUAUAUGUAUUUUAGUACUGUAUAUGUGCGACCUAGAAGGUGAUCAGAUUUUCUUUUAAGACUUAAGGGAUGAACACACACAAAAAAAAGGUUUAACAAACCAUUGUACUUUUUCUUUAUUAAUGGAUCAGUGUUUAUAAAUCAUUCUCUCUGUAGGUUAAUUGCAGCUACAACAUAAUGGAAAUUCAGUGGAUAUUCAGUUUCUCUAUACAUGGAAAUUGAUGACACCCCUAAUGUCAUGAUAAAACAAAUUUUAGUUAGUAUAAAAAUGUAAGGAUUUCUCUUGUCUGAUGUCAGGGGUUGCAUGGUGCAUACAUAGUACAUGUAAACCCGGGACACAAUAAUAAAUAUUUUAUUUGCCAUAUAAGUGCACCAUGUUUGGUGCCAUUACACACAAAUAGGUGAGAUGAUAUGUUACGAAAGUGCAAAUACAUUGUUGAUAGGAUUGCGAUUGUUCUGAUGGGAUUGGUGGCUACAACAAAACAUGCUAACGUUUCACCAUGACCAGUUACAGGAGUGUAGCCUUUUACUUCUAACCGUCUCAAUUAAUAAUCUUAUGAUGAUGAUUAAAAAGUAAUGGUAUCCUGAAACUUUCUAUUCCUUCUUAUAAUAAAUGAGACUUUGUCAUGUAUGUGCUGAUAAGUGCCCAAUGGCAUCAAAACCACAUGGAAUGCCCUGGCUAACUCAGCAAUUAUAGAAAUUCUACCUUUAGAUUAUGCACAUAACAUAUUACACAUUCAGCCCAUAAUCAGGGUUUUAUAGAAAUUGUUAAUUUGAAAAAGUUAGAAUGCAUCUUCAUUACUUGAUUAAUGUAGAGGUUAACCUACCAUUUAAAAAGAAGAUUAAUGUUUGAUCAAUUUGCUCAGUAAAGACACAAAAAGGUCCAAAUGUCAAUCUAAUCAGGUUCACUCUCUGUUAGGACUUAUGAAAAUCUGAGCACAUACUAGGUGACAUUUAUGAGGAAAUAAAGAAAAUGCAACAAGGUUCACAAUCUAGGUAUUGUCUGUCUAUGGCUCUAGAUCAUGUUGCUGCUGAUUUCUCAUUUGAGAGAAACAUUGACUCAAAGAUGAUGGGUUAUGUUUGAGCUUGUUAUUUUGUUACUGAUAUAUUUUUGAUAUGAGGGGGACUUGGGCCUUUAAUUGUGGCUACUUAUUUGCAUUUCCUAGAUAGUAUUUUUUUAUUUUGAGAGAUGCAUGUACUGAAAGAACAGUGCUUUUGCAAAGUUCAGGAAUAAAGCGUUGUAUUGUUUACAUUCUAGUUGUUUUUACACUUUGUUUUAGAUUUUCGUAGUAUAUUUCUGGGAUGAGUUUGCUCUUCACAAUUCCAAGUGUCCUUAAUUCUGUACUGUGGCAUGUUGAUACUAUGGUUUGAAUAUUGCAUGAUUUUAUGUAAUUGUAAUCAAAGGAUUACCUGCUGUCCAAAGCUAUGUAAUGAAUGUGAUGCAAUUUCUCAUGCACAUCUGCUAUCUUUUAUUCAUUAAGCAAUAAGUCAUGUAAUUCAUGUAACCUAAUGUAGUUGUCACAUUAUUUUAGGUUUACUAACUCAAUCAGUUUCAAUUUUACUUCACUCAAUCCUGGAAACAUUCAGUUCUCACUGCUUUGAGUAGUGUGUACCCCUUUAAAACUUUAGUCCAAUCCUUAAUAAUUGCUUUUGUUGCUGAAAGCUUGUGCAUGUGCAAGGCCUGUAUCUGUAAUUAAAAAAAUCUUAUUUUGAUAACGAAGUAUUGUCAGUCCUAUAUGCUGUGGCUUUUUCCACUCCAAUGUGUUAGAUAAGUAUUACACUAUUAUACAACUUGAUUUUGGCUGAUUUCUUCCCGUGAAAAGAGAGAAUCCAUAGGUUUGUUCCGACAGCCAUUACAAACUUCAGCUAAUAGCAAUUACAACAUUUAGUUGAUUUUUUCUUUUGCAAACAAGUUAUUCAAUUCUUUAUUUUGUCCUUUAAAAUGAGCAUACUCUAAGAUGUUUCUUUAUAUGGAUUUCAGGAUCUCUGUUGCCUUAAGUAGAUUAUUUGCAGGGUUUAAUAUUGUUCCCAUAAGAUGUCCUGCCCUCUAUACAACUUGGAGUGUUACGAGUUAUGAAGAUGGAACAAUAAAAUUAUCAGAAAUUUUGAA